AUGAAAAGAACCACCAUUAAUUUUGCUAAAAAAGCUGGUAAAAUACUUCACAAUUCAAAAACCAGAUUUGAAGAGUUUAUAGCUGUUGUAAGAAUGAAUGAAUUAUCAUCCCAAGAUCCUCAUACAAAGCCAUUUAUGCUGUACAGUAACUUGUUGGGAAAAAAUGAAGCAAAAAUUCUGAAAACGUUAGAUUUGGAUAGCAUUGAGCUUGUCGAAGUUAUUAGAAAAUGUGAAAAGAAAGCAGAAGAAACUAUUUCUCAAAUCAAACCAGAAACUUCAACAGAUAAUAUUCAAGUAUCCAACUCUGAACAUACUAAUGAAACUCCAAAUAAUGGUGAUGAAUCUCCAACAAGCUCAGACAGUGGAUCAAUAGAAAUUGACAUGAAAAAAAUCGAACAUGUAAAGCAUACGAUAAUUAAGGAUACAGAUGAAACCAAAAGAAUCAAACCAGUUCCUGAAGAUUUCCUUAUUGAAAAAGAUGACAUUUUAAUAUUCAAAGGAAACGCCAAAUCUAUUUUGAAACUUCAAGCCAUGGUAUUAGAAAUUGAGGAUUACGAAGAAGAAAGUUCGCCUAAACAAAAUACUGACCGAGUAACAACCUUCAACUCAACAACAGAAGAGGAAACAGUGAUGAAAAAUUCUCCAUCUCAACUCUCCUUAAUGAGCAGCUCCUCCCAAGAUGAGUUAAUCCCAAAUGGUAGCAAUAGAAUUGAUUCUCCAGUUGUUGGAGGUCAAAAUGAUAUUGUUGCCAGGUUGCAUUCCAAUCUUAAGAAAAAUCAUCCAACCAAUGAAAACUCUCAAAAUCCAACAAAAGAACAAGACCAGAAAGAAGAUAAAAGUGCAGACCUGAGUCAGCUUGAGUUCUUUGAGGUGGUUAUUGGUUCAUCGAACCCGUGUGUAGGGGAGAAUUAUGAAUUCUUUGAGAAAAGAUAUCAGGUAACAGUAUUGGCUAUUAGAAAUAUGUUUUAUGACGAGAAACCAUCAGAAAGCUCGGAUCAAGGUUUGAGAAAUUUUCAAGUGUACACAGGUGAUACCAUUCUCUUAUUAGGUAAAACGAGAUUUUAUAUGAAUUAUCAUAAUUCCACAAGAGAAUUCUACAUGAUAUCAAGAUUCUCUGAAGUUUCACCACAAGAUAAUCAAUUCAAUCAAAGACCAUUCCAACUCAGAAUUCCAUUCACAAAUAAGGUCUAUCGUCUAUGGUGGUGGGAACAUUGGAUUUUCUUAUUCUUUUCAGCAAUGAUUGCCUGUACGAUUGCUGGAUAUUCAAUGGUUCAAUGUAGUUUAGUGACAUUUUGUGUUGUCAUUAUGUUUGGCUUGAUUUCUCCCACAGAUGCCAUUGAAAGCAUUGAUUGGGCUCUUGUAGCACUUGUUGGAGCAUCUUUUGGAAUUGGAAGUGCUAUCACUCAGAGUGGAGUUGGUCAAGGAAUUACUCAAGUAUUGAAACUUGCAAAUGUGCCACAUAUUUUAUUACCUGCUUUCAUAACUGCAAUUACCUUAGUGGUAGCAAAUGUAAUUACAAGUAGUGCUGUGGUGGCAAUAUGUAUCCCAAUAGCUGUAGCUAUUGCUCAAUCAUAUGGAUUGAAUGCUAGAUGUUUUGUAAUGUGCGUCAUUUAUGCAUCUCAAUCAGUAUUUACAUUUCCUUUAGGAUUUUCUGGAAAUAUGUUAGUGAUGGGUGUUGGAAAUUACAAAUUUGUAGAUUUUGUGAAGGCAGGGGUUCCCCUUACAAUAUUAUAUUGGUUGAUUAUCAGCGUGCUUGUACCUGCUAUUUGGGGAUUGGAUAUUCCAAACUUUUAA